AUGGAAACACUCCAUUUCAGCCACCCGCACCCUUUGAAGCCCAUCCCGUAUCAACAAACCCUAAACCUAACUUCGCCAUGCCCUGCAUGCAAGCUCAAACCCUCUGCAGGUAUUCUCUACACCUGCACAGUUUGCAAAGACUAUUUCCUUCACAAGAAAUGCUCCGACAUGCCGCAGAAGAUAGAUCACUUCUGUCACAAGAAACCUCUAACCCUUCUCCCGAAGCCCGCGAGUACCAACGGCCGCUUCGUGUGCAACGCCUGCGGCAAAUCAGGGGACGGCUUCUCGUACAAUGGCAUCGACGUCGAUCUGCACAUGCUCUGCGCGCUCAUGCCUUUGUCCGUGGCCCACGAAUCUCACGUGCACAUGCUCAGUCUUAUAUUCGAGUCGUCUUAUCCUUUCAAGAGUUACUCCUGUGGGAUAUGCAACGCGCCUGGUUCAACCCGACACUGGCUUUACAGGUGCAAAUUGUGUGAGUUUAAUGCACAUCUCGACUGUGCCACGGCUGUAGUUCCAAAGAAGGACACGAGUUUGAAUAUCGGUUUUGAUAACCAAUCGCCGUGCAAGACACCGCCAGAGGCGGCCGCGGCAAUUUUGUCGAGAUUGGCUCCAUCCGCGCCACAGCUUCCCCCUAUACAGAUGCGGCAGAAGAAUGUUACGAUGCCUCGUGAUCCUUUAAUGAUGAACAUUAACGAUGUAGCUUAUGGAUUUUCAUUGGGGGUUCCUGUUUCGCCUAGUUUUCAUGAGGUCAAUAGAAAGCUCGACAAUGAUUUGGCACUUUUGACCGUUCAGAAAAUGAUUGUCAACAGAAGUAACGCCAUUGCUCAAGCGGUUCAGCAAAUGAUUGUCAACAAUAGUGAAGCCAUAGCUCAGGGCAUACUGAUUUCGGGGGGGAGGGGUUAUGGAGGCGGAGAGAAGGAAGGAUUGCAUUUGCUGACUGACUUAAUAUGCGUACUUACUAACGCUGGCGGUAGUGGUGGUGGUGGCCAAGACUCGGUAAACAACGGUGGUGGUGGUGGUGGUGCUGGUGGUGCUGGUGCUGGUGGUGGAACAGAUUAUGUUCCGUCUUUUCCAGGUGAUGGAAAGGCAUGGUAUUGA